GGUCAGGCGCGCCGAGUUCCGCUUCGGCCACGGGCGCUGCGAUUGCGGCGGCCAUCCGUCCUUCGGCGCCGGCGUCUCGCUCUACCCCCUCGGCCUCCAGCUGCGCGAUUGCGGCGACUCCUUGUGCAGGAUCGGCUUCGGGAAGUUCAUCGGCGGCAACUUCCAGCACUGGCACCGCGGACGGGGCGCGCGAGAGGUUUCCUUUGACCCCCGCGCGGCUAGCGCCACGGGCAUCAUCGCCACGGCCAAUGUCACGCCCCACGGCCGCUUUUUCGACUGCCCCCCCACGGCCUCGGCGCAGGCCCCCAUCGCGCAGGAGCGCCACGUGAUCGAGGAGAGGCCCCAGCAGGCUACAAGGCGGGCGCGCGACUUGGGCCGGCACGGCUACUGGGCCCCUGCUCUCCCGAGCGAGAAGUCUGAGAGCGGCUCCGUCGGAGGCGCGGCGAUGCUGGUCCGUGCCGGCGUCGUCAUUUCUACACCCGAGCUUGACGACGCGCUGGCGCCCCCUGGGCGGCUGCUCUUCGCCCGCGUCCACUGGCGCGUCCGCGGCGGCUUCGUCGUCGGCAGCCUGCAACUAGACCUGGACCGCGUGGGGCCCAUCAACACGGCCCACAUCUGGAACGUGGCGCACGCCUUCUGCAAGUUGAAUGGCACGACCUUGGACUUCUUCGUCGCCUCGCUCAACCUCGCAGCGCAGCUCCACUACGAGGUGCCCGCGGGCAUUGCUCGCUGCCCCACGGAUUGGGACUCUGAUCUCAUCCACGAGGCCUCGGACGCCAAGGACCUUGCCAAGACUCCGGGCUGCGUCAUAGACGGCGUCGAGGCCGAGCUCGCCAACUGGCGCGACCUGGCGGGCCCGAGGCGCUGGCCCACCGCGCGGCCCACCACGCCGGCUGGGCGCACGGCGGCCAAGCGGACGGGCCACAUCGGCAGGGAGCGCACCCGGCUUCGGGGGCCCAUGAUGCGAUCCCAGAUGGCCCACGUUUGCUCGAGUUUCAACCCCAUGCACUGCUCCAACAGUCUGGAGUCGCUGAUCGAGGUGAACUCGUACUUGGCUAAUGCGCUGCGCAGUCGGGCCACACAUGCGAGCUUGCCGCCGCAGCUCGUCGCCUUCUUCGAGUCGGGCCUGGAUGCGUGGAUUUGCCCGUCCUUCGAGAGCCUCGGCGAGGCCGCAAAGGAGGAGGCUACCCAGCACACCAUGGAAGAUGCAUCUGCCGCCCGCACCCAAGGCCUGGGCCACGCGAGCCAUGGAGGCCCAACUGGGGGGCGCAUCGGCGGCGCCCCCGACCUGAUGCUGUUCAAUGGCCAGACCUACCAUGCAUCGGCGCUAAGGAGGUUCGUGAGGCCCAGCACGCGCAACUGGUCAGCGGGACACCGAUGCGAGGAGCCCUCGGGCACGCGCACGCACUGCACCUCCAGCGACAGCGCCUUCGAGCACAACCUGUUCGCCGAGAUUGGGGUGCUGAGGGGUUGCUUCGUCGCGACGGUCCUCGCCCUCCCCGACCUUGCGAAGGCCCGCGACCUUGCGCGCCCCCCGCAGCUCUUGAAGGAGGGCAUAUUAUGGGGCUACCCACCGCGCAUGUUGUGGAUGCCCACCCAGCAGCACAGGAUUCCUCGGCGACUGAAGGGACACGGCUCGAUCUCCGACGCGGCGUGCACCGAGCAGGGGCCCUUCGCUGGCUGCACACACGCUGGGGGCAUGCUGGAGCUGCUCACGCUGAGGGCGAUCCUUCGCAUCAAGAUAGCGCCUGUCCCGCCGCAGCAUCGCAUGCUUGCGGGCGAGCGGGCCCCAGCAAGUUGGGCAUCGCGCGCCUGCCCAAGGCGGUGCAUCUUCCAGCAGGACUCCGUCGAGCUGGGGUUGCGACUCAACUUCAAGAAGUCUGGACUUGCGGCCGCCACCCGUGCGUCGCGGGCUGAG